AUGAUGACAUCUCCAGUGUUCACUCUCUAUCUCACCUGUUUGCUCUUGGGGAACAUGACUCAGAUGACUGAACUGAAAUCCUCUGUUCAUCAAGAGAGUCGUUUUGUGUCAGUUAAAACUGGGGACAAGUUGACUCUGCAAUGUUUCUAUAAGAGUGAUGUUGCAACAAGGCUUUUCUGGUAUAAGCAUUCUCUGGGACAGAAACCAAGGCUCAUCUCUACCUUCUUUAAAUAUGACCUGAACAAGACUUUCCAACCUGAAUUCAAGAACAAUCCACGCUUCACACUGGAUACAGAAAAUGGUAAAAAUCACUUGACGAUCACAGAUUUACGCACUUCGGACUCAGCUACUUAUUACUGCAUUAAUUAUUUAUACACAAUAGAAUUUUCAGAGAGCAUUACAGUUGAUGUGAAGGGUUCAGGUUUGAACGUCCCAGCUUUGGUCCAUCAGUCAGCGUCUGAGACCAUCCAGCCAGGAGGCUCUGUGACUCUGAACUGUACAGUACACACUGGGAGCUGUGAUGAUGGAGAACACAGUGUUUACUGGUUCAAAAACUCUGAAGAGUCUCAUCCAGGACUCAUUUACAGCCAUGGAGGCAGGAAUGAUCAGUGUGAGAGGAAAGCCAACACACAAACACACACCUGUGUCUACAACCUGCCGAUGAAGAGCCUGAAUCUUUCUCAUGCUGGGACCUACUACUGUGCUGUUGCCUCAUGUGGACACAUACUGUUUGGAAACGGGACCAAGCUGGACUUUGAGCAUCAGUUGGGCUUGCUCGUUGUGGUGUAUUUCUUGAGUGGAUCUCUGGCAUUCACCAUCAUCCUGGUUGUUUUACUGGCUCUCUCAGUGUACAAGAUGAAGAAGAGAAACAGUUCCUCAGAGUCUGAAGCAAGAUUUCCAGCUCCGUCCACAGCAGAUGCACAGGGUUUCCAAGACGCAGGCAGCCUCCAUUAUGCUGCUUUGAGUGUUAACAUGCCCAAAAGUUCAAGAAGACAAAGGACCAACACUGAUAAUGAAUGUGUGUACUCCAGUGUAAAACACUAG